AUGAAGACCGCCAUCCUCACCUUCGCCCUGGCAGCUCUUGUCUCGGCCGCACCAGCACCUCUUGUUCCUCGUGCGCCACCGGGUGUUCCUACCACCGCUGCCGCAAAGACUCAGCUCGCCGGCCUUACCGUUGCUGCUCAAGGUCCUCAGACCGGCUACUCCCGUGACCUGUUUCCCCACUGGAUCACUCAGUCAGGCGCCUGCAACACCCGCGAGGUUGUCCUUGCGCGCGACGGCACCAACGUCGUUCAAGACUCCUCCUCAUGUGCUGCUACCUCAGGAACAUGGAAGAGCCCUUAUGACGGCGCUACAUGGACUGCCGCCAGCGAUGUUGACAUCGACCACUUGGUUCCUUUGAGCAACGCUUGGAAAUCUGGCGCCGCCUCGUGGACUACAGCCCGCCGCCAAGCCUUUGCCAACGAUCUGACUAACCCUCAACUGCUUGCUGUGACCGACGAAGUCAACCAGGCCAAGGGUGAUUCGGGUCCCGAGGAAUGGAAGCCUUCGCUAACAAGCUACUACUGCACCUACGCAAAGAUGUGGGUGCGUGUGAAGAGCGUGUAUUCGCUGACGAUCACGAGUGCGGAGAAGACGGCACUGACGAGCAUGUUGAACACGUGCUAG